CCAAGCUUGAGUGACAUUGAGAAGAAGGUUGGGGUGAAAGACGGCAACGACCUGCAGAAUGUUUCCGCAUCUGCACUUCUGAUACCGUCGUACGCGAACUUCACCGGUGACAACUGGAAUGUGCGCUUUUAUGGUCUUUCGUACAAGCUCCCCAACGUCAGCGCCGACGACCUGGUCUCCAUAAUCAAUGACCUCGACACGAGCAACCUCAACUCCACGCAAACCACCCUGCUGCAGAACCGCACGCAAGACCUCGCGUCGAUCCCGAUCCCCAGCUCCAACCUGACCGCGCUCGUCUUUGCGAACGGCUCUGCGGUGACCAACUCUUCCGGCAUCCAGCUGACCACGACGGACGAGGUCGGCGAAUUCGACCAGUUCGUCACCGUACCCGGGCUCGGCAGCAACAGCAGCUCCGUCCGCAUCAUCGAGACCGGCAUCGCCAACGUCACCGGCCCCGGGAACGGCACGAUCAUCCUCGUCCCGUCGAGCGGCAUCUCCGUCGUGUCCGACAUCGACGACGUCAUGCGCAUCACGAAGGUGUACGUCCCGAACGAAGGCCUCUUCAACUCGUUCGUGCAGCCGUACGUGAACGUCCCCGGCAUCCCCGCGCUGUACGCGCACUGGAACGAGACGCUGCCCGGCGCGGCGUUCCACUACGACACGACGACCCCAGUGGAGCUCACGCGCACGUACGUCGACUACCUGUUCGCGAACUUCCCGCUCGGCUCGCUCGAGAUGCGCCCCAUCAACAUCUCCGACCCGAGCCAGAUCCUCGAGGCGCGCCAGAACAGCCUGCUGAAGCUCUUCCAGACGUUCCCGCAGCGCAAGUUCGUCCUCGUGGGGGACACGUCCUCGUCGACGCUGCUCUCCGCGUACCCGCAGAUCGCGGAGCAGUUCCCGGACCAGAUCGCGUGCAUCUUCAUCCGCAACACCUCCGCGACCGACCCGGACGACAAGAUCCCGUUCAGCACGAGCGAGUUCAAGAACAUCAACAACAACACGUGGUUCUUCUACCGCACCGCCGACGACCUGUUCAACCUGAACAUCACGGGCGGCCAGUGCCGGAACGACAGCGUCCCGCAGAACGUCACGUUCGGCGAGCAGGGCGGCAUCCUGGGCAACAACGGCGCG